UGCGCUGUUCUUCAUAUCAAGCACACAGCAGCUGUGUGAGUGCGUUUGUGUCGCAGUUUGUGGGCACUGUGGGCAGAGUUAUGGCAGGCAGACUCUUCAUCCGAUCAGCAGCUCGUUUUAUUUACAGUCGACGAUCUCUUCCUCCUCAGCAUGACAUUAGAGGGCUGGCAUCCGGAGGUAUUCCGUCAGAUGAAGAGCAAGCCACCGGUCUGGAGAAGAUUGUGUUGCAAGCCGCCAAAAAAGAUCCAUUUAACAUUUUGAAACCAGAGGAGUAUGUAGGCUCCAAAGAAGACCCUCAUAUCGUUCCCUCAAUCGCCAACAAGAGGAUUAUUGGUUGUGUUUGUGAGGAAGACAACACAGCAGUGAUUUGGUUUUGGUUGCAUCAGGGUGAGGCUCAAUGCUGCCCAUCAUGUGGCGCAUACUACAAACUUGUUUCACAUGAAUUACCCCAUUAAAAUCACAUCUGUGUUGUAGAGAAGAGCUAAAACACACCUAACUGACUAUUAAACACCAUAGAUGUUUUACAUAUGCAAUACCGUAUUUAAACAUGAAUUGCACAAUUAAGGGACCUAUUUAGGUCUUUCUCACAAGAGCACAUAAAGCGUUGUAAUAUUUAUAGUAUGCAAUGAGACCCCUGCAACAUUUUCCUGUUGUCUGUUUUUUAAUAUUUUAAGAGGAACAGUUUACAGAUACCUUGUAAAAACUUUCAAAAUGUGAAUUUUGCUCAAACAACAUUCCGAAUUUGUGCCAAUAAUAAAAUAAAUAUUGUUACAUAA